GUUGUUUACAGCAACAACGAGGGAAGGAAAUGAAUAAUAUCAUAGUCCGGCCCAAUUACAGCGAGGGAAGGAAAUGGACAUUAUUUCAUAGUCCGGCCCAAUAAUUGUCGGUUGGCCCAUAAAAGAAAGCAAUAAGCGUGGCGCUACGUUGAUCAUUCAAUUCAACACAGUUGGAAGAAGCAACGGCAGCGAAAGAAAUAUUACCCACCGGCAGAAGAAAAAGACACUUCGCUUUCCCUAUGCCUUUCCUUCCAAGUGCUCGCUUCUGGUUCCAGUUCCUCUGAACUAGCUGCCUCCAAGCUGCAAGUGGCCAUAGCCAUGGCUUCGUUCAUGGCUCAAGCCUCUCGCAGCGUAAUCGGACCCAUUUACGAAAAUAACAACAGCGGCAGCAGCUGCCUAUGCUUUUCCAGAUAUAGUGUCAUCAAUCCGUCGCGGCCGUCGUUCCGGCGCCCUGAUUCAAAUACAGUAAUACACUUGGCCCGAGUCUAUGAAAUGCGUAAUCGCCGUUCUACUGUAAUCCGCUGUUCUUCCGACGAAGUGAGCUCUGGAACCAAGAUAAGGGGCGAAGUGCUAGCCCCAUUUCGGGCCGUGAGGAUGUUCUUUUACCUCGCCUUCAUCGCCAGUGGCUCUCUGGGGGGACUGAUCGCAACGAGCAGGCUGAUUGGGGCGCUGGCGAAUGCAUCGAGAGCCGCCGAAGUCCCUGAGAUUGUGAAAGGCCUCGGCAUAGACAUUGCAGCGGUGUCGAUUUUCGCAUUCCUUUACUUGAGAGAGGACAGCGCUAGAAAUGCUCAACUGGCUAGGCUUUCUAGGGAGGAAGGGCUUUCGAAGCUCAAGCUUAGGAUCGACGAGAGGAGGACUAUACCCGUGAGCUCGUUGAGAGGGUUUGUAAGGCUUGUGAUAUGUGCUGGCCCUGCAUCGUUCAUUGCCGAGGCUUUUAGGCUCAGUGAGCCUUUCACUGAGGGGCUUCUUGAAAGAGGGGUGCUUGUGGUGCCUUUCCCUACUGAUGGGGAGUUGCCUGCAUUUGAGUUUGACGAGAAUGAGGAGGUCACGGCCAAGAGGAAGAGGCUCUGGCAGCUCGCUCCCGUCUAUGCCAACGAAUGGUCCAAAUGGUUAGAUGAUCAAAAGAAGAGGGCCGGAGUCUCCAAGGAAUCUCCUGUGUACUUGUCGCUGCGAUUGGAUGGGCGGGUGCGGGGUAGUGGUGUAGGGUACCCUCCUUGGAAUGCAUUUGUUGCCCAGUUGCCGCCGGUGAAAGGAAUGUGGUCAGGUCUUCUUGAUGGCAUGGAUGGGAGAGUUCUGUAGAGACUUGUUUUUUCUUCUUCCCUUCUAUGGAGGAGGUGAGUUUUGUUUCUGUAUUUGCUUUGUUGUAAUUAGCGCAACUUUUAAGUUCCCAAGAACUGUUCAUUCAGUUUGUCAAGUAAAAGAUCUGCCUUUUCAUCCACACUGAUUUUAGACCCAGUUAGGAGGAUGAAGCGCUAUAUGAAUAUGAUUGGGUGGAAUGCUCCAGCAUGAUGAUGCCGGGCAUAUUGACUGGCGGCAUCAUCAGGCUACUACUACUCUUUCUACACUGAAAUGUUCAAAGCAGAUAUGAUUACCGUGAGGAGAACUUCACUGUCGAUUAUAGAUCUCACUGCUUAUGUAUUUUCAUCUUUUGGCCAGGGCACACAUGUGGCUUGUUUUGCAUUAGUAUCUUAUUUUGCACCCACUUGUAUAUAGCACAAAGAAAUUUAUGUCUAAAUCCUUAGAGUGUGUACUUGUUAAAAUUUCGCGUCUUUUCCGUCAUUUUUUUAUCCAGAUCAAGUAGAGUCGCUAGUUCUUCCACUCGCACUUUGUUACGGUCUCUAAUUACUACAAUCUCUUCACCAGUUUUGUUAAUAUCUUCGUAAGGCCUCUUGUGCACGAAUGGCUUUUGUUCUUGUUGGAUUUUGGCAUGGGUCAAAUCCCCGGGGUCUUUCUCGAAUCCCGCUACCUGCUUUUUGAAUUCCUUCUCGAAUGCCUGACCUUUAGGUUCGUUGAUUUUGGCAUGCUUCUCCAAUGCUAUAAUCUGAAUGUUAUUCUGUUUGUUCUAUUAACCUUAGUUAUGAUUCAAGUUCUUUAGAGACACAUGACAAGAAGCGGUUUGUAGUACCAUUUUCGUACUAGAGCCACCCUUUAUUUCAGGACUUGUUUAGUACGGCUGAAGUGGAAUUUGGUUUUGAUCAUCCUAUGGGUGCCGUGGCGGGCGUGAUUAUUCCCUGCAGGUAAAAGCUUUCAUUUCUGCUACUUCAAACCUCAGCAGACCAUCAAGACCAGAUGGGUUGAAGAAGUCGAGAUGAAGAACCACAACUUUGUAUAUGACGGAUAUUGUUGUGAAUGUAGCGAUGGAGCUUCUCUUCUCUGCAAUUUCAGCUGAAUUUUAUACACUUAUGAUUGCCUCUGCAUUCUGCAAAUUGUUGAAACUUUCUUUAUAUGAAUAGAAGCUUUUCUUGCUCACUGUGCUGUUUAUCUCUACCUACCAUUUACAUUUUUCAUCUGACGCCAACUAAUUUUGAAAGAAGCUAAAUUGUUCCUUGUGUAAAAUAUAAGCAUGAUCCUCAUCUUCAGUUGCCACUGAUACUCCUGUGAAGAUCUACUUCUUCGCAAAUAUUCCAAUGCAAAACCUUUCUACCAUCGUGUCAAAAAACAGGAGAGUGGCCCAAAUAGUAGUUUCUUACCCUGAUGACCUGAACAGGUAUGUGCACUAAUUGAACUAGGAAUUAUUACUGUUAAUCAAAUAUGGUAAUCACUUGAUUCCUGUUUCUUGAAAUUUUAGAAGCUUCCAUCCUUUUUGCCUGACUAACUGUUUCAGCAAGUGUCUUAACUGAAAGCGACAAUUCUAUUCACAUCUACCUCAAAACUUAUAGGGCAAGUCCCAGACAUCCGAUAUAGAUGAGAAGGUGUUACAGGGCAUUCUGUGUGGUUGUUGUAGGACAGGAUACCCCUUAUCUCACUCACUUAUGUGCUCUGGUUACAAGGCAGGUCCACGUGAAUUCGGCAUCAAGCUUCCACCAUACGAACAAUACAUAGAUGUGGCCAUCCAUGCUGUAGGUUACCCUCCAAUGGUCCCCCUGCAUUUUUGUUGCAUCAUCAGCAAGGCAAGAGCAUGUGACACUGCCUGAACCAUGUCCCAAUAUUGAUUUUGGUUGUUUUGAGUUGUAGAUGGGAAGCCUGGAAUAUUUAUCUAUAUAAAGGGUGUUAUUGUAGCUGCUCAAUUCACAAAUUGCAACCAGCACAAAGUUUGUCAAGUCUUUCAACUGUCCAGUGAGAUCUGCUCUCUUCAGCUCUUUCAGUACCACAAGUUCAUCCAACAAAAAGUAAGGAUCAUGGCUAUUGGAUUGCCAGGAAAAGUUGCCAAGCAAAUUCUUAGACGGUCCAGUUCCGGUUCUAGCAAAUCAUCAUCUUCAAGGUUUCAAGAUGUGCCAAAGGGUUACUUGGCAGUAUAUGUGGGAGAGUCGUCACUGAGGAAGCGGUUUGUAGUACCACUGUCGUAUUUGAGCCGGCCUGCAUUUCAGGACCUGUUGAGUAUGGCUGAAGAAGAAUUUGGUUUUGAUCAUCCAAUGGGUGGUUUGACAAUUCCUUGCCGGGAAGAAAUUUUCAUUUCUAUGACUUCAGACUUGAGUUGAUCACGGUGAAGUAUGACUGAAGGAAUCAAGAUGAUAUACUUCA